AUGGCGUGCCUCAGUUGUUGCAAGGGAAGUGCCUCCAAAGCCAAGUCCCUUGAUGCUUCUGCUACUGAUAAGAAAGGGGAGGAGCAGCGGUACCAGCAUGACACCACUGCUGCACCUAAGCAUGGCGCAACUGCGGGAGAUACCUUGACUUUUGCUGGGGGUGACCAGUCGCCUGAGGCAGCGCAGAUUAACGGAGCCACACAAAGUGCAGCAGUAACUACCACAGACAAGAAUGAAUGGAAUAGGCAACAGCUUCAAGAACAGGUGCAGCAGCAUCAGAUUCCGAUGCUGCAACAGACGCAACAAGGAGAAGUGCUGCAAGAGCAGCAACAACAGCAGGAAGCUGCUACGAACGCAGCAGCAGAUGAUGACAAUACAGAGUUCCAUUCAGCGGUAGAGGCCCCCUCCCCUCCCCAAAUAAGUAUCACCCCUAUCGCUGCAGGCGAGCAGCACAUGCGCCAGCAGCAGCAAAUGGAAGCAGCGAAGGACCUUCCUACGCGAUCCCAUAGUCCUGUUUCUGCUGAAUCGUCGCCACCUGCUGCUGCAGCCACUGCCCGAGCAUCAGAAGCACCACAGUCAGAGGCACCAGUUUCAGCGUCAGCAAACGCACAAGGGGAAGGACUGUCGGCUACGCUUUCUCGUAUAAUGCAGCAAAGCCUCGAAGACCCUGGAGGAGUCUGGAAGCGACUCGUCACCUGUCUUACCCCCGGAGGGUCUUCCGCUGCCACCGAUCAGGCGGUACCGACUUCGCAAACGCCGGAAGCAGCAGAAACAGUAGAACCAGGGGACGCUACUUUACUCCCACGCACCCCUCGUGCUGGGCGAACAGAAAACGCCUCAGGAGAGCACACCGACAAUGUUGAUGGCGUUUCACCCGUCCCCGGAGAAACAGAAACAGUUCCUUCAUCGAACAAGUGCUCAGAUGAAUCGUCGUUUAAAGGAGAUCACGUCCCGGAUUCCGCCGAAGCAGCCAUUUUGCUGAAGCAGGAGGAACGUGCAGAAGCCGUGGAGUUCAGCACCGGAGACCCUACAGCUGACGGUGCAAUCGCGGAAGCAGCAAUAGUGGCAGCGGUAGCUGAGGGCCAGAGCAGCACCAGUGUCAGCAAGCUGCGGUCGCGGGCGCAGAGCACGAAGAUGAGUCUGGAACAGGUUCUUGCAAAGAAGUGGAAACAACUGAUGUUUUACGUUGAAGAGGAGUUGUUGUUUAAGGCGUACCAGUACUUGCUUAAUGUGGAGCAGCAAGUGGAGCAACGGCAGCUGCUGCUGCAACAGAACCAAAUGGAUGAACAGCAGCUGUUGACCGCGUUUCAGGAUCAGUUGAAUGGGGACCAACGUAUCGUAAACCUCAGGGCUAAAAUUGCUAUCGCCCUGACAAUGCUCGAUCAGUUUCACUUGGGGCAACUGCGGGCUAUUUGCGAGGACCCAAGGCUAUCCUUCACGGACUCCAUAGGCGCCCUUAUGCAGCAUUCAAUCUCUUGGGGGGGUUCCGCUUCUGCGGUCGGAGCUUCGCCACCUCUUCAAAUCACGCAGCACCGAGAUCCCUCGAAGACUGCUGGCCCCCACGGGGGUCCUCAAGGGAGCUCACAUGCCGGCCCGCAGGGAAGCCCACAAGCAGGCACACAGGGGGGGUCGCUCAUGGGCGCUCAUGGAUUAGUCCCUGAGAGCAGUGCUCCCGCCGCCGGCGACAGCUUCAGGAGCAAUAACAGUGCAACUGACGGCGGGGCCCUGCCGGAGAGGAAGGUCAGUGCUACCAAGAUUAAGAUGGGUUUGCGAAGUAUGGGUAGGAAAAUGUCGCUCACAAGGCGCACAAGUUUGAACAGCAGACGGUCUAGCACGAAGAAAAUCCUUACGCUCAAACAUAGCUCCGAUGAGGAGGGAUGGAUCAGAGAAAAGGGAAAGUAUUUGGAUCUUUCCUACCGCGUUGAAAAGGACACCUCUGUCUCUAUAAAGGUUCGCGGGAAGCUGCCUUGCCGUCUUUUUCAGGUGCUAUCUAUCUUAAAUGAAUCAGACUUGGCAGGCAACUGGGCGCCUAUGUUCAAGUCGGCAGAGAAAGUGCACACAUACAGCAGGGCAUCGCAGCUCAUCAGACAAGUCUUUGACUAUCCUUUGUUAGGGGCCAAAGAGACGAUUAUGUAUUCAUUCGGAGCCAAUGCGCUGGAGGAGUGUGGAGCCGUCAUCAUUUUCUGCCGAUCCCCUCCGGAGGGGGCUACUGAAUUUAUGGGAAAGCCCAUCCCUAAGAAAGGGAAGGUCACCCGCAUCCAGAGCGCAAAUCUUGUGUUUUUGCUCUACCCAAUCUCAGAAGGGAAGCAGACCACUCUGGAGCUCUACGGUAACUUCUUUCACGGGUUGCGCUACGUCCCGAUGCGCAUCAUCACAUACGUAGUGAAGAAAGUGGUCAGGGGCAUGUUUGUCUCCAUAGCCAAGCAGUGCCAACACUUUGCUACCUCCCUUUACAAAGAGAGAGUGGAGGCCAAUCCAGACUUCUACUGCUGGAUGAGGGACUGUAUCGAGGACUUUGUUGCGGGGGAAACAGCGCACCACUUCAAGCAGCUUGAAUCCAUUUCUCUAUGCUCAUUCAACUACGAGGAGUUCCAGGACUAA